UAAAUGUUUAUCUUUAUGAAAGUAACAAAAUGCAUUAAGCAAUAUACAGAACUUCCACGAAGAACAUCUGAUGAAUUAGAAUCUGCAUUGAGAGUUAUUGAUGAAGCUCUGCAGAUUAGCAAUUUCUCAGAGCAAUUACUUCAAAUGAAAGCAGAUAUCUUAAUCAUGUUACGAAGAUAUGAACAGGUUAUUCAGAUGUGUGAGCAGAAUCCUAAUUCUGCUGAGGUGGACACACACACAAGCCCUAAUUCAUGGAGGUCAACCCUGAUUGUUAAAUCCUAUUUCAAUCUAGGAAGACUAGAGGAAGCUCUUGAAUUCAUUAAAAAGCAAGAAACUUCUGGACAAAUCACAGAAAGAUUAGAAAGCAUGAGUUUGGACUCGGUGAUACCUUUAGCCAACACAAGUCGUGAGCUUUUAUCUCGCAAGCUUGCAUGCAAUGCACAUACAAUUUGUGACAGUGAGCUGAUACCAUUUGGAACUGGACUAUAUCCCUUCAUUUCCAUUAUAAAUCACAGCUGCUCUCCAAAUUCAGUUCUUGUAUUUGAAGGCAGAAUGGCAACUUUACGUGCUAUGCAAACAAUACCAAAAGGCAGUGAGCCUUCCAUGGCAGGGGUUAAAAGCUGGCACCAAGAAUUAAGCAGAAAUAUGAUAAAAUUAGUGAAAAAAAGAUGCUUACUCCCAUUGAGGUGCUUUGCAAAUCUUAUCCUACUGAAUUCAUACAAUAAUUCCUGGUUUGUGUAG